CCGCGUUUGUAACAUGUCGGCAGAUGUGGAUACUCUUUGUGGUGACAUUCGACGGCCUCUAGAUCCCAAUAAAUGCAAGAGAGGGUGGGAAACUCAAAGGGAAUACUGCUACUGGAUUCCCAAAGCAGAUAUAGUCGGCGAAAUACCGAAAGAUUUGCGAGGAACUCUGUUUCGCAAUGGCCCCGGUCUUCGCGAAGUCUAUGGCACUCGGUUAAAACAUCGUAAGUAAAUAUCUAACAAAGCUAGAUACAGCUCAAAGUUGUCGAUACAAUUGUGCGUGGAAACUCUUGCAUGUUGUAGAGAAGCCAAAAGAAUGAAAAAACCCAUAACGAUGAAUUGUUUUCUCUUAAAACUUUGGAAGCUUUGAAAAAGGUCAAAGGGCAAAAAAUUGCAAUUGCAGUGCACGUUUUAAAGCUUAACGACAGUGAAUCGCAUUAAUGUUCCGGAAAUUUUUUCCGUGAAAGCUGAACGUACUCAGAUCGUAUUAGACAAAAUAAAUAGCAAAACGAAUUUAAAAUCUACCUUAAAGUUAACAAGUUAACAUUAAGGCGAAGAUGUUUAGUUAAAAGUAACGGUAGAUGCCGGAGUCGAUUACGGCUGUGUCAAGACGCGUACAAAGCUGAACGUACUCAGAUCCUAUUAAACAAAACAAACAGCAAAACGAAUUUAAAAUAUACCUUAAAGUUAACAAGAGAACAUUAAAGGCGAAGAUGUUUAGUUAAAAGUAACGGUAGAUGCUAGAGUCGAUUACAGCUGUUUCAAGAAAUAAUCGUAACAGUAAACGGGACAACCCCGAAAGGUAUGCUGGUUAUUUUUUUUUUACGUCACCGGCGAUUCCUUGCUUUCAGAGAAAUCUGAGAAAAUUUUACUGUUAGGAUGAGCCAUUACAGGUUUGAUGAAUUAGUUUAUUUAUUUCACUUACUAAAUUCAUUGGUUACGGCAUACCCAGAUUAGCUUUUGAGAUUUUUGCCUGCACUUUUGUCCCUUUUUUCAACAAUAUUUUUUGGGAAAACUACCAUUGCCAUGUCAUUUUGUAUAUCCAGGCAGGUAUUGAAAUAUGCAUGAAAAUAAUUGCUCCAGUGAUUAUAGAGGUGCAUGUGCUCUGAUUGGUUAAUGAUUGCAUCAUAUCUUGCUAAAAAAUAUAAAUUUUACCUUACAAUAUCACCCUUGAAUCAAACAUGAAGGUCUUGAGAAUAAAGGAAAUGAUCACCAACUAAGAGGCUCUUGAUUGUUAAACAAAUUCUCUCUGUCUAUGCCAUAAGAAAUAGAGAGAGAGAACAGAAUAUGCAUACUGAUGUUUAAAUACCACACAAAGCAAUCAGCCUCAAGCCCUUACAGAAAUGGGCAUCUGAACUUUUAAGACAAGAUCUAACCUUUAAUAUCUCAAUCAAAUAAAUUAAGAUAUCAAUAAUAAGUAGUUUAAUUUUUUUAUUUUAUAUUUUCCAUUUAAGCAAUUGAUGGAGAUGGAAUGCUUUGUGCUGUGACAUUCCAAGAUGGUCAAGUGCAUUUUCAAUCCAAAUUUGUAAACAGUAAGCAUCGGCACGAAGAAAAUGCCAAGAAGCAGUUUCUGUAUCAAGGUCAGAUGGGAACAAUGCCGUCCCAUUCAACUUUAAAGGCCUUUGGAACUCUUUUGACAUCCUGGAGAUUUCCACCAAUCAAAUUUCGCAACCCGUCCAAUACAAAUUCAUUCUACUGGGGUGGCAAGGUAUACUUCAAUUUUUUUUUUAUCAUAUUUCAAAUACAAUUUACAGACAUAAUUAAAAUUACUACACAGAAAUAAGGAAGUUUGGCCAACAACAGCAGUGCAAUUACUAUUGUGAGCAUUUUCACCAAAAUUAAACAUUACAAUUGUUCUAAAACAAUAUUAAUUAUAUUAACAAUAAUAAGACAUUUAAAUUACUGUACAGUCUCACUAUUACAAUGAAGUGAAAUACAGUUACUAUUGGGAAAACUAAUACAAUAAUUGUAAUUAUUACUGAUGCAAAGUGAAAGAGAGAAACACCCAAGAUUAGAGUGGAAUGUUUUUAGUCCAUUUCUUAUAGAAAGUUUCCAAGUCUUUACUUUUUGAGGAAAGGUAUUUUGCUGUUUGAUAAUUAAUUUUGACUGUUAGUUUGAAACCUUCUACAUUUGAAUGUGUAUGCAUCCUUUUGCAAUCCCAGAUGUAAGGUAUACUUCAAUAGUGACAGUAAAAUUGUCCUUAUUUGUGAUUAGCUUUAGAAAUUCUGCUUUGAAUCCUUUAUUACUCCCACAAGUGAUUAACAUGUAACUUCUCUAUAUUGUAUCCAUAAAUUAUCCAGCAAACAGGUCAUGAGAUUACUCAAACUUAUUAGGUACAAGAUAUUAUCUUGAUGGAACACCAAAUUCUCGCAACCCAUUCAGAAGGAAAUGUAUAGCAGCUAGAAGAGAGAAUUUAUCAAUCAGAUUUUGGGAGUUAAAGGGUUAACUGAGAUUUAUUGCCUAUUAUAUAUUACGUAAGACCUAUAAUGCCUAUACGCAUACAUACAUGUAACUUAUACAAUUAUAUUAAAUGAUUUAAUUAUUAACUUUAUAGACAGAGAGUUGUGACUCAAAGUUAAUGCACUACAGGAAUAAUGUCUGCCUAUGUAUAUUUUUCUGCACUUUCAACCAGAAUUUUGAAUUGAAUUUAAAAUUCAAUAAUAGUUGGAAUUAAGUUUUCUGUUGGUGGCAGAAAACAUUUUCUGAUGGGGACAUUUGCUGACAACUUCAGUUUUCUUGUUCAAUCUGUAACUUUACAUAAUUGCAGGUGCUUAAGACACAUUAAGUUUCUCAGAUGAGCAUAAAUCACUGGCCAGAGUUUCAUCUGCCCCACAGCCCACACACUGAAACAAAUGUUUCUCAAUCAUAUCUCUGCUUGAUGGACAAGUAGGAACUGUACAGUCUGGUUUUUUCCCCCCUUCCCCCUCCCCUCCCCUCCCUCCCUCACCUUCCCUCCUCACCCCUCACCACUGCCUUGACACAGGGUUCAUGAAAAUUACUCACCUGACUGACUGUAACUUACUAUAAUUCUGGUUUCCUGUCCAAAUUAAGUGUUUUUCCUCUUGUUGUUUACGGUAUGGAAGAAACCUUGUAUGACCAAUCUUCAUUUGAGCUUUUGAUGGGGCUUAAAUAAAAUUACAAUAUGAAGUUCUUCAUUUUGGUCAAGGGCGAGAAUAAUGAGGAGUAAAUAAGUGGGUAGACAAUUGCUGGUUUUCUUGCACCCUCCAGAGAGGUGUACUCCUGAUUUUGCAUGGAAUUUAAAAUCCAAUUAUACCAUCUGCACAUCUGCACCAGUUAAAUACAUUUUGCAUGAUCCUUUGCAAAUAGUCUGUAUGUAUGAUAAUACUUUUUAUGUCCUAAGGUUCUGACAAGUUACGAGACUGGAGUUCCCUACUGUCUGGAUCCACACACACUGGAGACUCUGGGUCCUGACUAUCUGAAUGGUCAUUUACAGCUUGGAUGCUUUGCUGCUCAUUUUAGAAUUGAUUCAGAAAGAAAGGUGAACUGGUUUUUAAUAAUGAUGUAGAAAUUUUUUAAUUUGUUUUAAUUCAAAAUUACAAUUACAAUUACAAUUAAAAUUGUCAUAGUCUCUCUCUCAUAGCUGCCCAGAGACAGCUUCUCUUAUUACAUUGUAUUAUUAUUAUUAUUCCAAGUAUUAUUGUGUUUUUUUUUUUUUUUGCGUUACCCGCGCCAUUUUUUCGGAUGCUUGCUUUUUCCACCGACCGAAUGCCUGGUUCAAGUUAGCUAGGGGGGGCAAAUAGACCCCGUCUCUCCUUCCCCAUGCCCUUACACAGUCCUCAUUUAUAUUUGAACUGUUUUCUCUUUUUUCAGCGACUUGUGUGCAUAAGCCACCGUCCAGGAUUUUCACAGAGGCCCAGUUUGGCAGUGUACGAGUUUGAUCCGUCAUGGCAGCUCUGUCAGAGGCAAGUCCAUCACAUUGAAGGACUGAAUUACGCUCACGAUUUUAUCCUUUUGCCAGACUACUAUGUGUUCCACAUGACGCCUUUUGUGAAGGGAACAUGGUGGACCCAGGCAAAGAUUAUGCUUGGGUUGAGUUCCCCGGGGGAGGAAAUGCGAUAUUACCCAGAAUUGCCGUCUCGCUUUGUCAUCAUACCACGGCAUGGCAGUGGUGAUAGCGCAGGUGUAAUACUGGUUGAUACGGAUCCCUGUCACGUAAGUUUCUAUCUUUGGAUUUUCCAUAUCCAAAGCAUGGGCAAUUUUCAAUGGAGCAUCAAAGGAAAGCUAGGAAAACAUUGGUUUUGCUUCGUGGCACUCUGUGAUUGGUCUAGAAAACUGGGACUUCCCGUUCAACUAAUCAGAUGUUAAGCUAUAAGAGGGCUUUCCGAUUGAGCGUCAUAACUACUACGGGAUUGCAUCGAUUUUGCUUAAUUUGCUCUGUGAUUGCUUCAGAAAACUCACGCCACUUGCUCUACUAAUAAUCAGAUGCAAAACUAAAAAACCAAUCACAACUUGCUCGUCCGCGUUUUCCCGCGCUUUAGCAGUUUGGUUGUUUUUACUUUACAUUUUCAUUGGCUCUCAAAGGCUUUCUCCUUGAUAUUGAUUGGCCGUUGAGAUUACACUAAAUCGACAAGCGCUCAAAAACCAAUUAUGAAUUGUGUUUUACCGCGCUCAAGGCGGUUUUCAUGUGUCGAGUUUGGUCCUAUAAGAUUCUCUCGUUUGUUCUCUAAGGUCAUUUCCUUUUUUCUGAUUGGAUGUCAUGAUUAUUAUCGGUUUUAGCUCUGUGGCUCUCCGUCCCUUCCGUAACCUUAUCGAACGCAAAUCCAUGUCUCAAACCUUAGCGCCGAAAAAAAUUGUAGUGAAAUGGGUUUAAUGCCUGUUUGUUCUCAGCUCUGCCAAACCUGGACCCCCUUUGUCAAUCGGGAGUCCUUUUUUUCCUUCCCAGACUCCGCUCGGACAAGGGGAGUGGGAGGAAAGCAGGAGAGAACACUUAAGGGAAAAAUUUGGGGACUGGAGAGAAAGAUAUUCCUUUUCACAGCGCGCGAAAAGCAUUAUUCCGUGAGCUUUUAACAGAACAGAAAUCAAGUUUUUUAAUGCAUACUAGUAUCGAGAAAUCGAAAACAGGUCUAAUGAAAUAACAAACAAUGUAAAUUAAAAUAUAUUAAAGUUCACACGGCAACCAGGUGGACAAUCAGACAUGGUUUGAUGCUACUCUGGUUUACAGAUUUAAUGAAUGUAACCGACGAAGUUACAAUUCAUACACCCAACGUUUCGACACUCCUGUCUAGUGCCUGACCCUACCCCUGAUGAAGGCACUAGACAGGAGUGUCGAAACGUUGGGCCUAUGAAUUGUAACUUCUUCAGUUACAAUCAUUAAAUCUGUAAACCAGAGUAGCAUCAAACCAUGUCUGAAUGUAAAUUAAAUUUUUAAGUAGGAUUAAUGAUGAAAUCUGUUUAUAUCAUGCUACAGAUUUUCCAUUUUGGCACGGCUCAGCAGGAUGGGAACAGAAUUGAGUUCUCCGCGGUGUGUCUGGACACAAAGUUCGACAUGACAUUUGAUAGCGAGAUUUGGCUCAGCAACACCUCAGUCUCCCCGGGUCUCGCUUACAAAUUCACCAUCGACUUGGACACUAAGCGCUGUACACGAACACAAAUUGAUCGUGCGAGCGUGGAGUUCCCUUCCACGCAUCCAUACAGGCAUGGCAUGCGAGGCACGCGUUAUAACUACUUCAUGGCGUGCGACAGGCCAGGGUUUAACCUCCCUUAUAGGGAUGUGGUGAAGGUUAGAAUUAAAUUUUCGCGAAAAUCGCGACAAAAUAUAUUGUCACUGUAUGUUCACAAGAAUAGAAUGGCUUUACUUCGCAAAAUAUUACCAACUGACAUGAAAAGAAAACCUUCUCUCCCUCCUCCCACUAAUCAAUAAUGACCUCGCUUAAGUUAGAAAUAAGAAUACCAUAAAACAGCUUAGUUGUCUCAAACGUUUUAUCCGCGGUUGUGGGACACCAAUUUUAGCGUUAAACUGUCUUCGAGAGUACUCGAAAACAGUGAUUUCUUUCUUAUUGUUGAUACGCAGUUGAAUGCUGAAAAUGGGGAGCGUCAAGUCUGGUACUCUCACGGUUGCCUGAGCGAACCUGUGUUCGUGCCCCGACGAGGUUACGAUUCGUGGCUAGAAGGCGACGAAGAUGAUGGCUACGUCAUCGUUCAAGUGUACAUACCGGAAAAGCACCUAACCGAGUUCUGUGUGCUGGACGCAAAGGAUGUUGGAAAGGGCCCCUUGGCACGUAUCAAACUGAAGCACCAUGUACCUUAUGGUUUCCAUGGCACCUUUACGCCAGAGGUUUUCAGGAACGGACCCAGGCUAAUCGCUAAGUUGUGACAGAAUAUAACAAAUUGCAAAAGAAGGCUUCUGACAAACUUGACGCUUGAUGCAGUAAAUAAUUAAAUUAUUUUAUGCCUACACGGUAAUGUAAAAUUACUCGUAGAGUUCAGCUAAUUUUCAUCGCAUGGUUUUGGUAAUAAUUUAAUACAUGUGGUUGUUGUGAAAUACAUGUGGCGACGUUGCCGGAUAUAACGGCAUUUGAUUGAGGCAC